CACUCCGCACUGCGGUGUAACAGCAGUCUUCUGCGCUCUGCAUGCUUGCCCUGAACUCAAUAGGAUACACAAUACAGCAUAUAUAUCGUAUGCUCGCCACUACUUCUCUCGAUGAAGCAAUAUUCCACAUAGAUACGAAUUUAUACCAUACAUAAAGAUACAAACGCAGAAUGGCGGAUUUCGAUGCAAUUUACGAGGAGGAGGAUUUGCCAGGAUCUGGAAAUGAAUCGACAGCAGCUGACCAGUCUUACGCAGCGACUCCGAUUGUACCCGAGCCUAUAAUUAUUCGCGGAGCUGGGAAUAUGACUGUAUUUGGCCUCAGCAAUAAAUUUGAAACGGAUUUUCCUAAUGGCUUAGUUUCUAGAGUUGCACCUGAGGAGUUUAAAGCAACUGUCAUGCGAAUAAACAGUGUUCUUAAGAAAACAUUGCCAGUGAAUGUCAAAUGGCUCUUUUGUGGAUGUGUUUGUUGCUGCUGUACCUUAGGAUGUUCUCUAUGGCCUGUUGUUUGUCUCAGUAAAAGGACUCAACAUUCUCUGAAUAAAUUACUGGAGUGGGAAAAUAGUAGACUGUACCACAAAUUGGGCUUACACUGGAAAUUAACAAAACAAAGAUGUGACAGCUCUUCAAUGAUGGAACAUGUUCUGUCCAUUGAAUUUAUUCCAAAAAUCCCUAUUUUCAAACCUGAUUAAAAAUUACAACUGAUGAAAUUAUGUGUAAUAUUAAUAUGCAUUUGAGAAAUGUAAAUAUUUGUAUAGAGUGUGUAUUUUUGUAAAUAUCAUGAGUAUUUGUGCAAGAUAGAAUUAUUUAUUAUUGUUAUAUAAAUUAACCAAUUUUGUGAGGUUUAGUUAAGCAUCAGUCGAUACAAACAGUCGUAUAUUUGUUUUUCUAAUUAUCUUGUCACAUUUGUUCAGUUUGUACAGUGAUGACAUAAAAUUAAUCUAAAAAAUUAAAAAAAGAACAAAAUUUUAAAUUAAAUUAGAUGGCACUAAUGUAAAAAGAAAACGUGUAAAUUUUGAAUAUCACUGCCUUAGAUGAAACAUAAUAUCUUGUUCAUUAGGUCAUGAUCAUCUUCCACUAAAAAAUUAUGGCCUGGGUUUUUUUGAUUGAUUUGAAAGUUUUUAAAUAUAAUCAACGACUGACAUUUAUGCACACAAAUCUUGGCAUAAUUUUUCAUAGAAUAAGUGGUCAAUCUUCUGGUAUGAAAUUGAUUUUAAUACGUGCCUUUUGCCGUUCAGCAAAUUUAUACUGCAAUGGAAUAUAAAUUUUAAAUGAAAUAUUAUUAUCUAAGAUGCAAUAAUGUAUAGAAAAGCAAGAAUUUUAAUUCUUAGAAAAAAUAAAAUAACUUUGUUGCAAA